AUGUCGUCAAAGCAGGAAAGAUCCGACAAUAUCCAUAUUGAGCAGGCGGACCCUUUGCAGAAUCCUCUUCACGACGAUAUCGAGGAAGCAAAGGCGAUUUCGACCUACCAGGAAAAUGCGGUCGGAUAUAGGGAAUAUCGAGAAGGAUUGCACCUUGAGUUCACUGCAAAGGAGGAAACCAAAACCAGAUGGAAGAUUGAUUUCGUUGUACUCCCUAUCUUCCUCGUCACACAAGCGUUGCAGUUCAUGGACAAGACGGCCUUGAAUUAUGCGAACCUACUCGGAUACCAGGAGAGCCUGAACUUGAAAGGUCAACAGUUUAAUUACCUUUCAGCAAUGGUGUAUGCUGGCUACUUCUUUGGUCAAUACCCAUGUGGAUGGCUCGUUGGAAGAUUCCCUGCUCAACGUGUAUUGGGAGUGAGCUGCAUGAUGUGGGGAUUGAUGGUUAUUAUCAUGACCCAAUGCCAUACAUACCCCAGUGCUUUGGGUGUUCGUUUCAUAAUGGGUAUCUUUGAAGCCGCUGUCACACCUGGCUUGACCCUCAUGACCGGAUUCUGGUACACACGACAGGAAAUCCCUCUUCGCCAGUGUAUAUGGUACUCGGCACUUGGCUGGGGGGGCAUUGUCGGAUCCUACAUUUCGUUCGGUAUCACUAAUCUUCCAGUUGACAUGAGCCCAGCACGCUGGGAGCUGUUGUUCUAUAUUCUCGGAGGCGCCACUUGUCUCUGGGCGUUUGUGAUAUUCUUCGUUCUGCCCGAUUCGCCUUCAAGUGCCUUCUUCUUAACCAAAUCUGAGCGCAUCAUUGCGGUCAAGCGUGUCGCCGGUAACGAAACUGGUAUCAAGAACAAGACAUUUGACACGAAGCAGGGAAUGGUCGCGUUUAAGGAUCCAAAGGCCAUCCUACUCUUUAUCUCCGUGUUUGCUGCUGCCAUUCCCAACGGUGUUGUCAACUCUUUCUCGACGAUCAUUAUCAAGGACAUGGGCUUCUCCCAAACGAUAACUACAGAGUUGAAAUCCGUUGGUGAUGCAGUUGUUAUCGUUGCGUUGAUUAUCGGUGGCACUAUCACAUUGAACGUACCCAAUUCCCGACUGCUCACCUCGACUGCUGCCAAUAUCCUUUGCACCGUUGCUGCCGCCUGUAUGGCUUAUCUUCCUAGAGAGCAGAAAUGGCAGAGACUGGUUUGCUUUUGGUUGGUAAAUGCACAAUCUGUCGGCUUCACGGUCUCAUUGGUGACCAUUUCCUCCAAUAUGGCUGGUUAUACCCACCGGGCUAUGGCUAACGCUCUCGUGUUUACUGCCUAUUGCUGGGGUAACUUUGCGGGGCCCUUUGUGGUGAAGCCAUCGCAGGCCCCUCGAUACGAGGGCGCCACGAUUGGUCUGCUAGUGGGCUACGCAAUCAAGGCAUCAUGCCAUCUUCUAUUGCUUGGCUACAUGUUUAUCGUCAAUCGCCGUCGUGACUCACGCUACGGUCCGGCUGACAAGGCUAGAAGUAAUGAAGCCGGAAUGCAGGACCGGACUGAAUUUGAGAACAAAGAUUUCAGAUACGUGCUGUAG